GGGCGUGCGCCCCGGGUCCUCAGUGCGCUGCCCAGAGGCCCCUGCCCUGACUCCCCGCCGGCCCCGGGUCCCUGCAGAGUCCGCGCCCACCAUGGACAUCGCCAUCCAGCACCCCUGGUUCAAACGUGCCCUGGGCCCCUUCUACCCUAGCCGGCUCUUCGACCAGUUCUUCGGCGAGGGGCUCUUCGAGUACGACCUGCUGCCCUUCCUGUCCUCCACCAUCAGCCCCUACUACCGCCAGUCCCUCUUUCGCAGCGUGCUGGACUCCGGCAUCUCCGAGGUGCGAUCUGACCGGGACAAGUUUGUCAUCUUCCUGGACGUGAAGCACUUCUCUCCCGAGGACCUGACGGUGAAGGUGCAGGAGGACUUCGUGGAAAUCCACGGCAAGCACAACGAGCGGCAGGAUGACCACGGCUACAUCUCCCGUGAGUUCCACCGCCGCUACCGCCUGCCUUCCAACGUGGACCAGUCCGCGCUCUCCUGCUCGCUGUCUGCGGACGGCAUGCUGACCUUCUCUGGCCCCAAGGUCACGUCUGGCAUGGAUGCCGGCCACAGCGAGCGGGCCAUCCCCGUGUCGCGGGAGGAGAAGCCCAGCUCCGCGCCGUCCUCCUAAGCUCGGCCUCGGCCUCGGCUGCCACCUGCUGCGGCCCCCGCCACCCA